AGCGUGACGUCAGGGGGCGGGGCGCGAUGCGGCGAUAACAGUCAUGGCGGCGGCGGACGUCUGAGAGGAGAUGUCGGAGGAGCGGGAGGAUCAGGGGCCGAUGGCCGCAUCUUCCUCCUCCGCCGCCGAUCAGGAGGACUCCCCGGGCCCGGCCCGCCUCCUUCUGCUGCCCCCCGAGCAGGACGCGGACUGGCCGCCCAAGAAGCGGCUGCGGGUGGAGGCUGGAUCCGGGAGUGUCCGGCUGGAGGAGCGGCUGUACUCGGUGCUGUGCUGCACGGUCUGCCUGGACCUGCCCAAGGCCUCGGUCUACCAGUGCACGAAUGGCCACCUGAUGUGUGCCGGGUGUUUCAUCCAUCUCCUGGCCGAUGCCCGGCUGAAGGAAGAACAAUCUACCUGCCCCAAUUGCCGGUGUGAGAUCAGCAAGAGCCUGUGCUGUAGGAACCUUGCGGUGGAGAAGGCGGUGAGCGAGCUGCCCUCGGACUGCGGCUUCUGCCUGAAACCUUUCCCUCGCUCCUUGCUGGACAGACAUAAGAAGGAGGAGUGCCAGGACCGAGUAACACAGUGUAAAUACAAGCGGAUUGGCUGCCCAUGGCAAGGUCCAUUCCACGAGCUGACUGUGCACGAGUCUGAGUGUUGUCAUCCCACCAAGACUGGGAACGAGCUUAUGGAGAUACUAGAUGAGAUGGAUCAGUCCCACAAGAAGGAGAUGCAGUUGUACAACAGCAUCUUCGGGCUGCUGAGCUUUGAGAAGAUCGGUUACACAGAAGUCCAGUUCCGGCCGUACAGAACAGACGACUUCAUAACCCGCCUGUACUAUGAAACCCCACGCUUCACGGUGCUCAACCAGACCUGGGUCCUGAAGGCUCGUGUCAACGACUCAGAGAGGAAUCCCAAUUUGUCUUGCAAGCGAACCCUCUCCUUCCAGCUCAUUCUAAAAAGCAAGAUCAACUUCUCCAUGGAGUGCUCCUUCCUGCUGCUCAAAGGCCCUUAUGACGACGUGAAGAUCCACCCCGUUAUCUAUCACUUUGUGUUCACCACUGAGAAUAAUGAGACUGAGUAUGUACCUCUACCCAUCAUAGACUCUGUGGAAUGUAACAAACUGUUGGCCGCAAAGAACAUCAAUCUCCGGCUCUUUAUAUUCCAGAUCCAGAAGUGACCCUGACUUACCUCAGCCGGCUUCCUUGUCCAACCUGCGCUUCUAGAGUAGACCUAUUUCUUAGCAGAAGGGAUGUGGACAGAUGGAGGGCUUUCUGUGUUUCUUUUUAAUUUGUUUGCUUUUAAUUUGUAAUUUGCAUGUGUAUGCUAGAUAUUUAUCCACUCUCUUCCUUGUGUGGGUCCCCCUAUCACGCCCUCAUUUCAGCGCUUAUUAAAGCCUGCCCACGUCC